UCCGCAGACAAUUGUUGCUGAUUAUUUAAUUUAAAAACAGAAAAGGAUAACAAAAUGAUGUCCCUGCGUGGCAGCUUCACCCUGUGCAAUGCGAGAAACAUUCAACGGAUGAGCAGCUGUUAUCAAAGCACCAAGUCCAAGCGGGCUGUGAAGGCGGAGCGGGUGGCACGUUAUAGCGGCGAAUUUCCAGAGAAGCUACUCAGCAAGAAUCAGAAGAGCGUUUCUCACAUGUAUGUGGCCAAUUCGCAAAUAGCCGAACAGAUUAAUAAUUAUCUGGAGCCACAUCUACAGCAAACCAAAUGUGAUACUGUUAUGGAACUGAAUCCUGGACCGGGUCAUUUCACGAGACAUUUGCUGGAUCGGGAAACACAGUUUCGUAAGAUCAUUCUGAUGGAAUCGAUGGAAUACUUCAUGCCGCGACUGCAGGAAUUGCAUGCAUUGUAUCCGGAUCGCGUGAAGGUCCGUUAUGGUGAUUUUAUUGCUCUAUGGAAGCUGGCUUAUAUGGAUAAAAUGGAUAGUGGGACACGUUUGCUCGAUAUGUUAAGCGAUGUGCCCCGAACCUCAUUCAAUGAAGAUAUCAACAUGCUGGUUUUCGGUGCCGUGGGUUCAUAUGCGUUCUUCAAGCAUCUGAUCAACUCGCUGAUAUUCCAGAUGAGCCUGUAUAACUUGGGCCGGUGUGAGAUGAUUCUAGCAGUGCCGCCGCCCAUUUUCAUUCAUCUGACUUGCUCGAACAAGAUCGGUUAUCUAAUCUAUCGCUCAGCCUCGGUGCUAUUUCAAAUACUGUUUGAGCAUCGUUUCAUAGCCAAGGUGCCUCGCGAGACUUUCCUGCCCGUGCAGGCCGACUAUAAUCUGUCUAAAAGCAGUAAGUUGGCUAAGGUUAAGUCAAUCAAUCCGGAAUAUUUGUAUUUGGUUAAAUUCGUGCCGCGUCGUAAUUUGCAUGAAAUAUGUCCAGUUCAAGAUUUGCCUGCCCUAUGGUUUUUUAUAAAGCAAAAUUUCGUCAGUCGACGGAAUCGUAUCAUACCCAAUAUGGAAAAAUGGGUACCUGGCUGUGGACCAAGGCUGAUAAUCAAUCAAAAUGCUCCAGAAAGAGUCAGGCCUCUUUACGAAGAUGAGUCUGUCAAGCAUUUGCCUCCAUUUUCGAUGCAGAGUACCACCAUGAGUACACGAGAUUAUUAUCCCGGCAUUAAUAUAUAUACGCAGUUUGGCGAUCUGACACCAAGUCAAAUGCUAACGUUAUUCGCACAAUUUCGCCAAUGGCCCGAAUAUAGCGAGAGUUCGUUCCUCGCUUCCAUGGAGAAUACAUUGCUUAAACUGGAGUCGGUAAACGAUGAACAAGGCAUAGAGGAUGGCGUUAAUCUAGUCGAAGAGGAUGACCUUAGCACCGAAGCUGUGGAUGAACUACUUGAGGCCACCGGUGGUCCAGCUCCAGAGCCACCAAAAGUUCGUAGGAAAACUAAAUCUACGGUUUAAAUUCGGUUUACACAUGUACAUAUUUAAGUAGUUGUUAU